UUGACUCUCCCACGCUAUUUGAGCGGACGUUUUUGCCCUGGUUGCUUUAUUUCGUUUUAGCCUUUACAAUGAAUAUGUGAAGUUUCUGAGAAAGAUUUACAUUUUAUUUUUUUUGUUCUUGUUUCUCAAAGUGUACAAAACAUGACAGUGAACAACAACCAGAAAGCACCCAGUGCAGCUGCCAGGCUGGUGAAUCUGCCUGUAGUUCGUGCGGCUUUUGCCAGACUAUCGGUCUUGUACACGGGCACAAAAUCCAGGCAUCCCGGCCUGAAGUCUGCGUGUGAAGUGCUGGAGAGCAGCGUGACAGCUGUAGGCAGAGCAGCCUGUUACAGAGCGUCGCCUGUUAUCGUUAAACUGGAGCCCCAGAUUUCCUUUGCAAAUGAUGUUGCCUGCAAGAGUCUCGACUGGCUGGAGGCUUCAUUCUCUGUAAUUCUGUCAUCCACAGAGCAGAUUGUUAUCCCUGCCAAAAACAAAAUGAAUGAGAUUCAGGUUGGGAUGAGCAUUGCAGCCAAUCGAACCAUUGACUGGGUGAUGAGCAGGAUGAAUGAUGGCAUUAACAGAUCACCUCUGAAGAGGGUCGUUGGUGUGACAACUGUGGGACUGGACACAGCUCUGAGCUUGUCUGAGGCUCUGGUGGACCAAGUGCUUCCCCCGACGCAACAAGAAGAAGCUCGCUUGAUGGAAGGUUUUGAAGUGGUCACACACAGGGGCCGUUACCCUGAGCGACUGUGCUCACUCACCGCUAAAGUGUGUAGAAGACUCUACCGUGAAGCUGGGUCCAAGAUUCAAGCUGUUCAGCAGGUAAUGAGGAGUUCACCUGGGCCUUCGGCUCUGGUUGAGAACUUGCAGACCAGCUGGCUGGCCCUGGUCUGGAGAGUCCAACGGCUGCCUCAGUACCUGCAGAAUCAGGCGUUCUCUGGGUUUUUCUUCAUCAUUCAGAUGUACAACUUAAACUCCUUGCCAACCCAGAAGAAGCAAUCUAAUCCAGGCAGAAGUUAUCUUCGUACCUCUGUGCCUCAAAGGGGCGUAGCCCAGAAGGGGAGGGCUACCAAGAGGUCUGGAUUUGAAAGCUAAUGUAACGUUAAGCAAUGUGUGCGUCAUUGAUGUCAUGUACUUUAACUUUUUGAUAUGUGAGCUGAAUUUGUCAUCUUGUCUAAAAUAAAUAUCUGAAGAUUCACA